AUGGCUGGACACUUUCCAACGGGAGGGUGGACGCCACCGAAUAUCGCCGGCUUUUGGGGAAAACUGCCGUUUCCUAAUGCCGAGAUCGCCAUCGUCACAGGCAAGAAGUUGACCGUGGUAACCUGCAAGCACGAGGAGGAGCAGACGGCGCCCCAUUCGGAAGUUGACUUAUUGCUACGAAAGCUGCUGCAUGCCGACUCAUCAAGUGUCGUCGUCGGGUUCCCCCAAGAUAAAGUUCCCCUUGAGAUCAGCGUAGGCUUGGUCCAUGUUUGGCAAGGGCAAGAAGUAUUGGCGGCAAAGGUCGUAAAUACGUAG